CCGCUCUUCAUUCUCUCUGGGAGAGCAGUUGUCAUUGUGUGCGUGAGCAGUAGCGUCGUGUAAUUUAUAAAUGGUUUAAGGGUGUUUUAACACAAUACUUUACUGAUCCCCUCGUGUUUUUGUUUAUGCUGACAGCGCCUAUGUAGCGAUUGAGUUUCGUUUUGCCGGCAAACUAGCUGUGUACGACAACAAAAAUUCAUUUGUCAGCAACAUCGUCAGUAAAUUGCUGAGAGUGAGCGCGAGAGCAAACGUUAACCCAAAUAAACUGUAAGAGUGUGUGAGCGAGCGUGCGAACGAAACUCAGCAACAACAGCAGCAGCAACAGCAAUUUCACCGCGGCAGCAACAGCAGCAGCCACAGCGACAACAGCAACAGUAACAAUAGCAGCAGCAACAACAAAACAAGUGAAAAGGCAAGAAACGGACAUAACGAACUGCAGUGCACGCAGCAACAUCUGCAGCAACAGCACCAGCGGCGACAAUAUUAACAACAACGACAGCAACAAUAUGAACACACGACGCAGCACGGGCAGCAUCAAAGCAAACAAAAGGAACCUCAGCCGCUUAUAUGUGGCAACGCUUACCACAAAGACCAUAACACCAGAGCUGCAUGCAGUGAAUGCCAAGAUCUGCCGUCUGGUGGAGCAGCAUCCCUGCAUGUACGAUCGCUCCCAUGCAGCGUACAUGCGCAAAUCUCUUGUGGAACAGGCCUGGGUGGAGAUAUCCAAAGAGAUGAAUGAUACAGUUGACAAUUGCAAGGAGCGCUUCAGGAAUAUACGCACUAGCUUUGCGCGAUCCAUCAAUGUGCAGCGCGGCUCGAAUCGCGUUAAGCCUUAUUACCUCAGCGAGGAGCUAGAGUUCCUCAAGAAGCACAUCACGCCCGGGGUGCCGGUGCCCGUGAAGGGCCGACGCUCGCGGGACAGCAGCAAUCGCAGAGGGGACGACAAUGACGAGUACGAUGACAACGACGACGAGGAUGUGGGCGCUUUGGUCCACAUCAAGCAUUCGCUUAGCAGCGACGAGCACGAGAACGAGAACAGUACGGACAGCUCGGAGUGGGUGGCUGAGGAGCAUGCGCGUGAGCUUGUCGCCAGCCAGUUGCAGAACAAACCAGUGGCUGAGUCGCACCCACGGAGCGACGAGGACGAACAAAAGCCGAAAAAUCUAUUGCAGACGAAUUCAGUGGCUCAAACUUGCCCCUUCCCGCCCAAGAAGCGGCGACGCAUGGCCGUCGAUGUGCCGACCAAGUCAAACGAUCUGCCUCCCCCUCUGCCCUCUCACCUUUCACAGCAGCCAGCUGCCGUUGGCGCCGACACGGAUGAACACAGCGUUGACAACAAAUCCUCCAUUCCGGACUUCGAUGAUGCCUUUCUGCAGGGCCUGCGUCCCGAAAUGAAUCACAUGGACUUCCAUCAGAAACUCUACUUCAAGCGCCGCGUCUACGAGCUGCUGAGCGAAAUAUUUGAGGGCGGCACAAAGGCGAACGGUCAACCACGCACUAAUGGCCAGGCCGAGGCCGCCCACUCCACCAUUCCUGUGCAGCACCUGGGCCUGUUGGGUCGCUCGCUACAACUGCCCAAGCUGGCGCCCAAACCCUCCAAAGAUCUCUAAUUAGGUAUAACAAUUGAAUCGCCUAGAUAUAUGCCCAAAGAUGGCCGCAGCUGCAGACGGCGCUGUGUUAACCAUUUCGAAUUUACGCUGUACAGUAAUUUCCACAUACCCAUUGCCACUUGGGUAUAGUUGUAGUUGUAAGACGUUACGAUUUUUAAAAUGUAAUAUUUACAUUAAAUACACAUAUUUU